GCGAGGGGGAGGAAGGGAGAGGGAGGGGGCGGCGGUGAGGGUUAGGGUUGGCCUCCGGAUUGCCUCGCGGGAGGUGACGUGGAGGCACUUCAUGGGGGUUUCUUCUUCUGCUCUAUUUCUAUGUACAAAUGGCACGGGCUGCAGUUGUCGGUGCUCUGUAUCUUUUGUUGCGCUACUUUGGGUAUGGUUUGGACUUAAAAGAAGCCAUAAUUAUUGUUUGGUCUGGGCUGCGAGGUGCUGUUUCCCUAUCAUUAGCGCUGUCUGUUAAACGUGCUAGUGAUACAGCUCAACCUUUUCUGAAACCAGAAGUCGGAACAAUGUUUGUGUUCUUCACUGGCGGCAUCGUGUUUCUGACACUAAUAUUGAAUGGUUCUACCACACAAUUUUUGUUGCACGCACUUGGUAUGGACAACCUGUCAGUAACAAAGCUUCGCAUGUUGAAUUAUACUAGACAUGAAAUUCUAAAC